AUGACGGCGGCGACGGCAACGACGAAGACGACAGUAAUAACAACGGCGACGACCAGUGUCAGCCAUUGUAGUAGAAGCCACCGAAGAAGAGGCAUUAGUGCCAGCAGUGGCGGUGUUAUGCUAAUCGCAUCAAUUUUGGUAUUAUCAGUUCAUUACGGCCAUGCACAGGAUUUUGGAUAUGAUGGCGAUAAGGGACCAUCGCACUGGGGUGAACAGUAUAAUUCCUGUACCGGCAAACAUCAGAGCCCCAUCAAUAUUAACUCUUUGGACGUGAAGAAGGUCAACCUACCACCGCUAGUGUUUCAGGGUUUCGAUGUCGCACCUCGGGAAACGAACCUGACCAACAACGGUCAUACAGUGGUAGUCACGAUGGAGUCGGAAGUGACGCCGACAGUGUCCGGUGGACCACUCUCCGGUGUCUACGAAUAUUCCCAGCUUCAUUUCCAUUGGGGCGACAAUGAUACCUUCGGCAGCGAGGACAUGAUCGAUAACCAUCGUUUUCCCAUGGAGCUGCACAUUGUGUUCUACAAGCAGGAGUAUAAAAAUGCUCGAACGGCACUUAACCAUCCCGAUGGAUUGACUGUGCUGGCGUUCUUCUACGAAAUCGCCCCAGAAGACAAUCCCAUGUAUCAGGAGUUUAUUGAGCUGCUUGGAAAUGUCACUGGAAGCCAUCUGUCCGAGCGUUUCGACACACCACCAUCGCUAAAGGACUUGAUCGCGAAGGAUCUGCUCCAUUACUACACAUACGAUGGUUCACUGACGACACCACCCUGCAGUGAGGUGGUCACAUGGAUCGAUUUCAAGGAACCGAUUUUGCUGUCACACGCACAGGUGCAAGCAUUCAGAGCACUGGAAAACGAGGAGGGCCAUCCAUUGACACACAACUUCCGGCCUGUGCAACCGCUAGGCGACCGAGUGGUGCUCUACAACACGGAUGAACUGAUCAAGGAGAUCGAUCUGGAAAAAGAACAUCCCGUAGAACCGGAAGGUGUUGACACAAACAAAAUUGAUACCCCCAAAUCGGACGAAGCGAUACACUCGCCGAAGGAUCCUAGCGUUAGGAAACAUCCUCGCAAUGCAGCUUCGUCGCAAUUCAUGACCCAAUGGUCAGUAUUAGGUGCCGCAUUAGCGGUGAUAUGGACCGUGCUUUGUUGCUCGGAUCGCUGCUGAAUGACCCGAUCACCAAUGUUGUAAAUAUAGUGAAUAGACAGUCAAGCACACAUAUGGCAAAAAUGCUGGUGUUAGUUCCGACCAAAAAAACUACCCGUUACACUGUUACCAGAGCUGCUAGAGAACCGUGAUAUAAACAAAAUGCGCACAAGUUGAGCAAAUUUUUAGAUCUACAAAAUAUAGCAUAUUCGGAUCACAAAUAAGGAUUUUAGAAUAGAUUAACCGCUUAGAAAAAUUGGCAUAAAACUAUCUAAAGAUUUAAAUAAUGCCUACCUUUUUGAAUGGUCAUCGGACCGAAGCUAGCAGAGGGUUAGUAAUAUUAUGUUUUUAUUAAAAUAUCACAGUCGUCAGCAAAUUGACGAUGCGACUCUCAAACACUAUAAAUAUGCACCGAUAC